ACUAAAUAUGGUCGCACGUGUUUUGAAGAUACAACUCAUUUCGUGAAUUGGCUUCGAAUUGAGUGAUUGUGUGUUGCAGAAAUAAACUAUUUACGUCCAGUUAAGAUAGAUCGUCUAGUGUCGAUGUGGGAAAAUGAAUAAUUUCGUUUUUAUCGCUUUGCUGGUAUUUUUGGGCAUUGUAGCUGUUCAGGGGUAUGGUCCAAAAAUAUCUCGCAAAUUCCAUGGAAGUUCACAUAGAUCAUCUCAUGGAUCUAAGCAACGUGGCUCCUCUCACGGCGGACCUCCUCAAAGGGGGAAGUCUCACUGGUCAUCUCAAAGAGGCUCCUCACACCACGGAUCGUCCCACCAUGGGUCCAACGACCACGGAUCGUCUAACCGAAAACGACCUCAUACGCAACCCAAAGAUGUAGGAAAAGACCACCAAGCUGGCCACUGGGAAAAUUCACCCGUAUGGAUUGAUGACCAGGAUUCUUACGAGAAGAACCGCGAUGACAGAGGCAGUUACGAUAGUUACGACUACGAUAGUUCAGACUAUGAUAGUCGUGGCCGCGGUCGUGGUCAUGACCGUGAUAGUUCCGGACCUGACGACUCAGGUUGGGGCUCUAACGAUAGUGAUUAUAGUCCAGGAAGUGGAAGUUCAGAAGAUUCUGGACCGUCCAGUGAAGAAGAUGGUAGUUUUUAUAACCACUUUCAUUCAAAAGUGCCCUGCAAACGUCCCCAUACCAAACCUCCAAGGGGAACGACGAUGAAUCCUACGCGCCGAACUACACCACAUCCUACAACUCCCAGGGGUACUCCUAAACCUUCAAAUAAUAAUUGGGGUCUUCCUGAGCCUACCAAUAGUGAUAAUAAUUGGGGUACUCCUAAACCUUCGAAUAAUAAUUGGGGUCUUCCUGAGCCUACGAAUGGUGAUAAUAAUUGGGGUACUCCUAAACCUACGAAUAAUAAUUGGGGUCUUCCUAAGCCUACCAAUAGUGAUAAUAAUUGGGGUACUCCUAAACCUUCGAAUAAUAAUUGGGGUGGUACUGAGUCUUGGGGUUCGCAUAAGCCUGGACGUGGGAAUAAUAAUUGGGGCACUCCUAGACCUUCGAAUAAUAAUUGGAGUGGUACUGAGUCUUGGGGUUCGCAUAAGCCUGAACCUGGGAAUAAUAAUUGGGGCACUCCUAGACCUUCGAAUAAUAAUUGGGGUGGUACUGAGUCUUGGGGUUCGCAUAAGCCUGGACCUGGGAAUAAUAAUUGGGGCACUCCUAGACCUUCGAAUAAUAAUUGGGGUGGUACUGAGUCUUGGGGUACGCAUAAGCCUGGGCCUUCCCCUAGGCCUACUUCUAGACCUAAGCCCAAUACUUGGCCUACGCCUAGGCCUACUCGCCGACCUGGACCACAUCCUACAACUCCUGGGUCUACUCCUAAUCCUGGACCACAACCUACAACUCCUAGGUCUACUCCUAAUCCUGGACCACAACCUACAACUCCUGGGUCUACUCCUGGACCUGCCCCUAGGCCUACUAGAGGUACUGCAUCAACGGGAACAGUAUGGCACCCCAACACGCCCACAGAAGAGACCACCCAUUGGGAGACUACCACAUCUCUCCCUGAGACCACAACUGAAGGAGAAGAAGCAAUCACGACUGUUUCACCAGAAAUAACGAACUGUAUAGCUUCUUGUGCUUCGACACCUGAAUACAACCCAGUCUGUGGUUCCAACGGUGUUACCUAUGACAAUGAAGGGAAGCUGUUUUGUGCUAACAGCUGUGGAGUGAGUGUUACAUUGCGACGUCGAUCAGUUUGUCCGCCACCUCCGUUCGAUGAAGGUGAUACUAAUGAUCAGACUGCUCCAACAACCCCACCGACCACGACCCUCACUCCACCAGUGGGCCGCACCACUUCUUUAACUAGCUUCCAACGUUGCAUGAGGAAUUGUCGCAUAACAGCGUCGUUCACUCCUGUAUGUGGUACCGACCUCGUUACUUACAUGAACAUGGACCGCUUGAAAUGCGCUCAAAGUUGUGGCGAAGUUGUCGAGGUCCUUUGCGAAAAGCCAUGUGCUGCUUGUGGCUAUAGUCCUGUGGCUCCUAAAACAACAACUUUGGCGCCAACAACGAGCUCUUCAAACAUUGCCAGGACUACCGUCGAACCUAACGUACAGGAGUGUAUUGAUAGCUGUCUAACCACGCAGCAACAAGACCCCAUCUGUGGUUCAGAUGGCGUCACAUAUAAAAAUCCCUACCAUUUGAUUUGUGCUCAGAUGUGUGGAAUUGAGGUGAUAGUACGUCGUUUUGGUCCCUGCUCACCGACUACAGCGAUCACAACUACAACAACGACUACAACUACGACUACUGUAGCUUCUGUGACUUACUCACCGACCGUGCUUAAAUGCAUACGAGGUUGCCCGGUCACGGCUGAAUAUAAUCCCGUCUGCGGCACAGAUACCCUCACGUAUACCAACCUUGGAAACUUAAUGUGCGCUAAAUGGUGCGGUGCUGACGUAGAAUUAAAAUACAACACAAGAUGUAUCGACGAAUUCGAUCUUGAUGGGACUACGACCGUCUCGUCACAGACUACACCAGAUAUCAAUGGAAACAAAGAUGUCCUAACUACCACUGCAAAGAGUACUUCGCUGUAUACUUCGCCAACUACUACAGCACGAUCAACGACAACUAAAACAACUCCGAUUACAACAACAUUAUCAACAACAACAGCAUCUCCGAUUUCGUCAUCCACUUUAGGUUUUUCAAUACCGCAAGAUGUGUUAGACACUAUAUUCAAAUCGACGACGGCUGGUUUACCACUUACAACGACAACGAUAAAUCCUGACGUGGAUGAAGAUCUUGAUCUGGACGCCAGGUUUGGGAAACCAACAACAAGUGCUGAUGCCUCAUAAACAGUCACAAGUAGUGGUCAUCAUGACAAAGUACUUUCCACUAAUAAAUACUAAUUAGAUUAAUUGUUA